AUGAAUAACCUCUCCGAUCUUAACAAUCCGGAGGCAGCCAAGGAGGACCGCGGAUACGCCUCUGCGGAUGACGCAGCGCCUAAACCGUUCGCCCGCGCCAAACUUAAGCGAGGAAGUCCAUCUCCAUGGACAGUGGAAGAGCACAAGCGAUUCCUUAUUGGAUUGGGAAAGCUUCGGAGAGGAGAUUGGAAAGGAAUCUCUCGCAAUUAUGUCAUGACUCGCACACCCUCUCAAGUCGCUAGUCAUGCUCAGAAGUACUUCCUUUAUCAGAGAAAACUCAAUCACCGUCCCCAUCUCCGACGUUCUAGCAUCUUUGACAUGAAAGGAUAUGGGCUAGAUUAG